GUACAUCAGAUCACUGUGAAUGCGGCCUGUGGUAAGUAUAUUCUUCGCUCGCUCAUGAAAUCAGAUAAUCAACUGGCGUCUACUCACUAUAUGGUACGAGUUACUUGAAGUGAAAUCCCUCAAGAUGGAAACUUCGGAUGAAUUACUUCGCACACGCUACAAGUAUCUUCACAGUGGACCAAUUCUCCCUCGGUCCCUCAGCUGUGCCUCCAUCCAUCGCUGUAACGUCUGUCAUCGUACCACGAAGACUCUUCUAUCCUACAAUUAUAACACUUAAACAAAUUCUGCCUGUCUCACUGUAUGUAGCCAACACAGAAAUGAACGCCCCAUGUCUGAUUGUAAUGUUUUAGCUGUCAUGGCAGCAUUGUGGGGGUACGCCGCGGCGACUGUCAUUCCAGCCGUCCUCGGAUUGAUUCGGGGCAACAAAGUUAAGGAAAACCCGACACUGGCCCUUAUGGAAGAGCGAUUUCGAAGAGAGAGAGAAGAAUCCGACCGCCGCAUCCAGAAGUUCCAGGAGGAGGCGAACCAAGCCCGCAGCCAUUCUGAACGGCUUCAGAGGGAGCAAGCAGAUCUAGCCAACAAGGCGAGGCAGGAGAUCCAGAAGUUCCAGGACGAGGCAAACAAAGCUCGUGUCCACGUCGAUCAGCUUCGGAGGGAGAAUCAGGAGCAGGCAGAUAUAGCCAGGAGGGCGAAACUGGAUGCCGAGAACGCCGCAAAAAUCGUCGGCGAGCUGCAAGACCAGGCGAAGCAGAAGGAUGAGGAGGUGAAGAACAUACAGACGGCUCGGGAUGAAAUGGAGGCAAAAUGGAAAAAGGGGAUUCGUCCUGUCGAGUGGCCUUCUCAGGAGCAGUAUGAGAAGAUCAAGCAGCAGUACUACAAGGAGGGGAAAUUUCAUCUCGCUAUCGCCGGAAUAUCUGGAACCGGCAAGUCGACUCUCAUCAAUGCCUUUCGAGGUAUUUGGGAUGGCGAGGAGAAUGCCGCUGGAACCGAUGUUGCCGAAAGCACUUCAGUCGUGACUGCAUACCCCGAUCCAAAUCCCUCUAAUCCUUUCAUUUGGUUUGACGUCCCGGGGUCAGGAACACUCUCGUGUUCGGAUUGGACAUACUUCAAUAACCAAGGACUCUUCAUCUUCGACGCCAUCAUCGUUUUAUUCAACGACCGCUUCACCGCCACAGAUGCCGCCAUACUGAAGAAUGCCGAGCGGUACAAUAUCCCCACUUAUAUCGUUCGCUCCAAAUCCGACAUACACAUCGAAAACCUCGUUAAGAAGACACGGCGGGGGCCUGGUGCGAGGCGCGAUCCCGCCAAGGUUCUUGACGAUGCCCGGAAGGAGUACAUGAGGAAGACGCGGGAUAGUGUUCGCACUAAUCUGAUGAAGAACGAUCCACCACUUCGAUCGCAGAAGAUGUAUGCCGUCUCUCGAGAUACGCUUACCCUGAUGAUUCGGGAGGAGCCGCUUGAAGACAACGUUGUACUCGAUGAGUAUGAGUUAUGGAAGGACAUCCUCCAGGAUGCAUUCUCGCGACGAUCAGAGAAGUCGUACGGCUCGAUGACGGAGCUGAUGAGGAGAGCUGGUUCUGGACUUUUAGGGCUGUUCUCGUAGUAGUGUGGCAAGUCCUGGGCAUAACCUUCGUCCACGUUCUUGCUAACGCUUGUUGAUUUACUUUGUUCAUCGUUUUCUGUCACGGAUUUUUUCUAGUUUGGUUUCGGAUUUUGCCUGGUUCUUACCCUGUGGUAUAUUUGGAUUGUAAUUGAUUCCCUCUUCCUUGUUACUUGUAUUUGAAGCGCAUCCUUCUCAUUGGACGAAAAGCAUGAGUUUGAUUUUUUGAUAUCUGUGCCCCUCUACUAUGU